AUGUCCGACCUAGACCCCUCACCACAACAACCCCCACCCCCAGACCCAGGCUACAACCGUACCACACUAAUCACAAGCCUAACAACCUACUACUCCCUCCUCUCCAAAACCGUCUCCAUCCACCCCUCCCAUAUCCACCCCGCCCCACCCACCGGCCACGCCCCCUCUUCCCUCCCCCUCUUUCACCUCCAGUGCCUAGGCUUCAAUGAUCGCAUGCUCGACCUAAUCCUUCACCUCCCCAUCAUCUCCUCCACUACCCGCCCCGUAUACCCAGGAACCACCCCUAUCGCCUACACCAACAGUCUCUUCGACGACUACAGCGAGGAAGACUUUGAUGUGAACGACGUGCAUGCAGUGGGACUUUGGCCGUUGCCCGACGAGAGGAUUCCGGAGGGUGUGGUGCCGAUUUCACGGCCGUUGCAGGGGGAUCCCGGGGGUGUGUGGUGGAUGAUUGAUACGAACAACGGGUGGGUGGGGAUUUUAGGUGAGAUUACGCCGCAUACAGCGUCUAUCACGCGACCCGUCGCCGAAGUACCGGAAGAUGAACAGUGGCGGACUGCGCGGCCUGUGCCAGCGACUGCUUAUUUCGAUGGGUUAGCGAGGGAUUUGAUUGAGCUGGAGUUGCUGCCUGUGCCGUUUAAUCCUGGGUUGCUGGUUUGGGAGAUUUGGCAUUCAAAGGGGCAUAAGGAGUUCCAGGUUUUUGCCGAUGAAGCGAAAGCGAUAUAUCAGCAGUGCGGGUGGCCGGAUUUGGAAAAGUUCAAGCGUGCGAGGUGUAAGAGGUUGUUGGAGGAGUUGCAGAAGAGGGUUAGGGCGUGGGAGAAGGUGAGGUGGGCGGCGAUGCCGGAGCCACCUGCGUAUACAGAUGCACAGGGGAAUCCGGUUGAGCCGCAUUGA